AUGGCAGUAACAACGAUAGAUUGGACGGAUUCAGAACAAAGUCUGGGAAAUCUUACUGAGGUUCCGGUGGUAGCGUUUCAUCAUCGAGCUAUUGUUGCAUCAAUCCUGAUCGCAUUGACACCGAUUGGUCUGUUUGGUAAUGCCCUUGUGAUCGUUGCCGUCGUCGUCGCGAAGAAACUUCGUACAAUCACCAACAUUUUGGUCGUCAAUCUUGCUGUCACCGAUCUUAUAACGUGUCUGUGCUUUCCGUUCCUGAGCGCGGGCUUCUUAAGUCAAACGGGAAGCUAUCCCAUGCAUGAAAUUAUUUGCGCAACUAUCGGAGGAGUCGUUAUUGCUUGUGUUGGGUGUAGCACCACGACCCUGCUCGCCAUCGCAUUCGUCCGUUGGUACGUCAUAACGAGAUCCGUCCGCGGCCACCAAGGUAUCCAUGCUCCAAAGAAAGUCAUUACUUUAGUUGUGAUCAUCUGGACAGAAUCGGUCAUAUUGAUAAUCCUACCACAUAUUUUAGGCAUUGGGACAUUAGAGUUUGACAAAUACCAUCAAGUUUGUGGCCUAACAGUCACAAACCUUUUUGGAAUUUAUUAUAUCGUAUUCAUGGGAAUUCAUAUAGCCGUUGCCCUGGUGCUUACUCUGAUAUUUUAUCUCCUGGUGUUGCGUCAUGUCUUACGGCACCGCAAGCAGAUCCGCAACAUGUUUACAACUGCUAAAGACAUCAGAUCUGGCGUAACAUUGAACAACCAGAGCCAGGUUUCGUCCACGCCUCGAGGGUCCCAUCCACGCAAGAUCAAUGCCAUCAACAAAAUGGAGGUCGAAAUCACCAAGAAUCUCUUCGUGGUUGUUGGUGUGCUCUUGAUCUGUUCCCUACCACAAAGCAUACAUCUUAUGAUACCCGGUGACAAUGCAUUGCUGAUCUAUAGCUCCAUGACUAUCUUGGCAAAUAGCGUUGUCAAUCCAAUCAUUUAUGGAUUCAAACAUCCCAUCUUCAAAGAGGUCUUCAAGAGCCUCCUAUUGCCUUCCCGUGCCGCUUGA